AAGCGCCCAGAGUGGCCACCACACGUGGCGUCGGAUUAACGAACAUUCGUGCAAGUGGACGUGUUAGCGUCGUCGAUGUCGCCAAGGAGUCCGCCACCUGCCUGGGAGCCCGGGAAGCGUGAAGCAUGAGAACGUUGUCGACUCCUAGGCCCGGGACGCAGUAGAUCGCUCGUCUGGUGUGGUAGUAGUGACCCGUUGUCGGUACGAGGGUAAUAAGAUCCCGAGAUUCCCCGGCGGGCAGGCGGAGGCAUGUCGCACGCUUUAUGAAGCAAGGCAGUAAGUCCGGUCAAGUGGGCUCGAGCGCGCCCUCAAGGUUCCAGCCCCGUCCCGUCCCGCGGGCGAGCGAGCGAAAUAGAUUGGGCACAGUUGGGUGUCCACGUUCCACGUGACCAGGGGCCAGCGCAGAAGACAUGAGUGCGUGACUCGGAUGUUAUUGUUGUCCAGAGAGGGUGUGGGCGAAACAAGGGCAGGCGAGAGUCGGGCUUGGAUUUUACCCAUUGCCUAAUUUACGACUCGCUCUUCGGCCGGCUCCCACGCGCACUACCGCGCACGCUCUCUCUCCGGUCGCUCGUACGCAUGGUCCCUGCACUCGCUGCCCGCCCUCGCUGCAUGUAGGCCCGGCCCGUGCCACCUCCCCAGGGUCCCCCAGAGCAAGCGAGCGAGCGAGCGUGGCCUCGGAGUCUCGGACACCUUUUCUCGCUCCUGCUUCUGCUUCUACACCUCGUGCUUCAUCCGGCGGACGGACGGACGGACGGGCGGGCGGACAGAGAUGGACUGACCUCAGCAGCUUCUCAGGUCCCCCCCGAGCCGCGACUUGUUUUCUCUACUUUCCAUCAUUUCAUGCUGCUGCCUCAGCCUGCCUGCCUUGCUCGCUGCUACACAUCCACGGCCCUGUGCGCGCCUUUCCUGCUUUUGGCUUUUCUUUCCCACUGCUUCCCUCCCUCCCUCCUCCCUCCUUAUCGUCUUGCGAUUUCAUCGCUUCGCCUUUUGAGCGACAACUGCAUUAGAUUAGUGAGGGGACUGGAAAGCAAACGCGGUGCGGGGGCUCAUCGGGCCAGAUUACCGCAGGUCGAACGAGACGAGGACGAGGACGAGGCAGCGUGCCGGGUUGUCGAUACGCCGCUCUUGAUUUUCUUCGGUCUUUGCUUGCUUGCUUCCUUCUUCCUUCGUCUUUGCUCGCUCGCUAGCUCCAUCUCUCUCUCUCUUGGAUUCUUGUUCCUCGUGAUCCUGUGGUCGGAAGGCCCGGUGGUGUACCCGUGAUCCAGUGAAACCGAUUUAUGCGAGAACACAAAUGUUCUGCGGGAAAUUGGCGACUUAAGUGGAUUACCCAAAACUAUGGUGUGGCGCCCGUGGUCGCUUACAGCUCGGGGGAACGCUUUUACGAAACCAUCCACAGUGAAUCUGCUCCCAUCAACUUGCUCGUCGACAGUGGAGAUUACGCCCAUGAAGGGCUCCAGGGUUGGCAGGAGCCUUCUAGGCGACACAUAGGCUCCGGCUCAUAGAUCUCUGGUUCAGCAACUGGCUCAAAGCCUGAAGCCUUUUCUCUUUGGGUCGGAUUGGAUGCUGACGCCCUCUCGCCAGGGUUUCUACGCUGAUGAUGAGCCUCCCUCCCACCGUGCCGCAACCACGAGAAGCGAUGAGACCACGGGAGUGGUUUAAGAUCUGACUUUUCGGGCAACGCACCUUCGAGAACGCUGGUUCCCGAAACACGGGUUCUCUCCAAGGCGACCAGCCACAGUUGUACGGGACAAAGUUUGUUUGUGAGGAUCAGAGGAUCAUCCCAGGCCGGACUCGCAGUAAGCUGCCCGAAACAUUUGGAGCGUGUGCAGAGAGCGGGGGGCUUGCGAAAAUUCGUCAAGGUGGCAACGUGUCUCGAGGCGGAACGGGGGUCGCGGCCGGGGCUGGUGGGCAAUGCUCUGUUGCAGGGCUAAAAGAGAAGGCAAGGUAAGAGCGAUUAUCAUGCUGAAUGGGUUACACAGAGGGCACUGACGACAUUCCACAAGCGGCCAGCAUUGCAGCAACAGAGCAUGGCCGUUUGUGGAUUGUUAUCAAUGCUCUGUGUGUUUCCCAUUCAACCUGAUAUGGACUCUUGCCCAGGCCGCUCUUUGGGAGUUGCGCGAAAACCUUUCCACUUUCGGGAGUCUGUCAUCGAAGCUCAAGCUUCUUCUUGUCUCUCUUCGACUAUGGUCGACUCCAACGAUCCGGACGAUUCUGGAUCAUCUCAGGCUCCGAACACUUCAGAAUCCAAGCACCCCCAUAUUCGUGAUCCAUCCUCACAGCGCCCCGAGUUAGAGCUUUCGAUUUCCAGCCUGAACGAUGCACAGAGAAACACUCAGCCCACUCCACCUCCGAGGUUGCGGUCCGUAAAGGAGGAAAUUGAUCCAUCUUCGACUAGUACUGGUAGAGACGAUGCGUUUGGAGGCCCUGGCGGUGGGGAAGAGGAAUCAUCAUUUACGGGCCCCCCUAGGAAGCGUGCGAGGAUGAGUCCGUUGGCUUUUAGAAUAGAAGAUAGCCAAUCAGGAAUACGUGAACAACAGCAAUUGCAACGACAUGUUUCAUUAUCGUCGAGUAGUGACGUUACCGGUCUGCAAACUUUGAUGCCCAGCAGAUCUCUGCCGACUUAUAGGACUGACAGAGAACCCAGUCCUAGUCCAAGCAGGGGCUCGGCAGGUGGAAGUAAACCGAUAGCGUCGUGGUGGUUGAUGCCCAAGGGGGCUGGUUCCGUCACUGAGUCGCAGCAUUAUCAAUCCGCCCAAGAUUCAGCGCGUGCCAAUUUUGGAACUGAGGGACGAGGGACGAAUGUGGGAAAUACCACACAGGAAAAACCCCACCAAUUUAAGGAGCCAUCGUUUUUCCCUAAUAUGCUAAGUAGGAUGGAAUCCGAGCACGGAAGAAGAUUUGAGGAUGUCCCUUCGACUGCCGCUCCCAGGCCUCUAUCAUCUGAUCAAGGGCGUCCGCAGUCGCAACAGCAGGAUCCGCCGGAGCAUCUGUUCUUCUCCCAGAGAAAAGAGGCUUCGACGUCUCGAGUAAGUAGUGCUUCCACAGUGAGCGAAGAGACUGCUCCAAGAUCCAGCUUGACAUUCUUCCCAAAGACUCUACACGAGAGCGACCCCGGUUUUGCCCAGCCUGGUCCUCAACAUUCUUUUGAGCCUCAUAGUGGGAGGAGGAGGCCCCAACCUGUGUCCGAACCGCAGCAGCAGCAGCAUGUGGUAUUCGAGAGGGAAGUUCAGCAACAAAAUCCUCAGCAAGGCGCAUUUGGUAGGCAACAGCAAGCUCCUGAACAACGGAUUCUACCACAAGGACCUAGUCUACAAGUUCUCCCGGGCGGUGGGAACGCGAACACUAGCUUUUAUGCUCGGAUAUUAGAUGCAGCGCAACAGCCUGUGUCCAAUCCAUUUCCACAAACAGGAUUUGCAGGUACUUUCAAUCCGGCCGGUCUUAGUUUCAACAUUGCAGGGCAACAAACGAGGGGUACCUCUCAACUAGGUGUUGGGCCGGAUCACUUCGGCGGGGAAGCCAAUCCGAGCCUUGUACAGCAACAAGUUAAUAACGAGGUCAUGCGCAAUCUUUUUGCUGCUCAUCCGAGCAUAACAUCCUUUGCUCCCUUCAUGUCCCAAAUGCAAACUCCAGAUCCUGCUCGGUUGAGCUUCCCAAACAUUAGUUCUCUAGACUUUUUGCAGUCGUUACAAAGACAAACUUAUCCACCACCAGUAUCCGAGAGGUAUAAUCGGGCCCAGGGGGGCCAGGUGAUUGGGGGUCAUCAGCUACAGCAGGAAUUCACAUAUGCGAGUGCCGCACCACCCUCGUCGCAUCAUAGCUUGUCCGCGGAAUUGAAUCUCUCCCUUCCCCCUCGUGCCACAACGGGACUGCCAACGUCAGCAGGUCUUCGAGAGUUUUUGUCUCCUCAAGGUCCAUUGUCUGCAAGCCAAGGGAGGGCUCCUGCAGUGGGAACUCAUGCGUUCACUCCCGCCAUGGAACUCCCCACCAAUUUGUCUUUACAAGGUCCUAAUGCACCGUCACCUCUGACGGUUGUCAUGGAAGGACGAUCCGUUGGUCGACGUUUAUAUCUCCCAGACUACGACGGGUAUGAAAAUUUUGCCGAAGCGAUGAGGUCCAUUUUCGAGAGUUACAUUUCGUCCCAGGAACCUCGUGCUCAUGGAGAGAGCUGCACUCUUGCCAAUGCCAUUCCAGGAUAUGUUAUUGCGUAUGAGGACGAGGAAGGGGAUGUUCUUCUAGCCGGUGAUCUUCCCUGGAGGGAGUUUGUCCGAGUGGCGAAGCGAAUUCGGAUCGUGUCCUCCUCAAAGAUCAGUUUCAAGCCACCUACCGGACCUUCUCGGUCUUGACAGCGAAUGUCUGGAGGAUUGGACCUUAAAAGACUUUCAUGAGCUACGGAGGAGUGCUCAAGAUUGAGAGAUAGUUUUCGGUCCAACAUUUAAUUCUUGAGCAUGCUGGCAGGAAAGCUUCUGCCUCAUUUUUUACCAAAUAAGAUUCAAAUGCUUAACCGCACCCUCCUCCAUACAUGCUAUAGAGUCCAGCCUUUCGGUAAAGAUGGAAGGCCAGGAGCGCAUUUGUUGUGGGUGUUGUAGGAAAAUUAUUGUAUCGCUUAAUAAAUUGAAAUUGCAAUGGAGUUUCUGGCCACUCGAAGGUUGAGAUGCUCGUACAGUUUUUCCCCCUCGUCGCUGCCACGUUCCAUCUUUAUGUGUGCAGAAAAGCUUGCCUCAUCAUUGCCGACUUGUUUUCCCUUUCCACUUCAGAAUCAUCGGGAAAUAUAUGGACGGAUUGUUC